AUGUGCUUUGCGGAAAAUGAAAAGCCUCCGCGUCCAUUCAACCGACACUUAAGACCAUCUCCGGUACACUUCUUGGUCUUUGGAGAGGACAGAAGUCAGAACAGGUUGUCCAUCCUGCGUUUCAAUGAGCAACUUCAAAAAGGACACCUAGUCACUGACAUGGAGAAGCGAGAAUACGCCUCCUACAGUGCGGUGGGUGAAGAGAGUAUUUUUAUGAUUGGAGGACAGACGGCGGAGGAGGACUACGCAACGAGCGUCUCAGAAUUUCUGGUGAGAGAAGGACGUUGGUGUGAGCGAGCUCCCCUCGCAUUUGGACGCUGGGAGCACGCAGCUGCAGUCCUGAAGGCGGAUGGAAGGAAGGCACUGCUCGGCGUUUUCGGUGGACAUGAUGAAGAAGGCUGCCUUUCUUCCUGGUAA